CACAAACCCCAUUGUUUAUUUCUAUUUCUGUCGAACUGUAUAUGCAUAUACAUAGAUAUAUACAUAUAUUAGUUUUGGGAGCUAAUGCGAUCGAAACCCUAGUUACAGUAGUGGAGAUCUUCCAAAUGCCUCCGAGGAAGAAACAGAACUCUACCUCCAAGAAAUCCAAUCCAAACCACCAAAACUCUCAGCCUUCCAAGUUCGGAAUCCAGCAUUUCUUCGACCGCCACACUCAAAACACUCUCUCCCAAAACCCUAACAAUUCGCAAUCUUCUGAUCCCAAUAAUGCGUCCAAAUCCAAACCACUUCACGCAGUUAAUGGCGUCUCAAACCUUCAAAACCCUGAAAAUGGGUCGGAAUCAGGAAGCAUCCAUACCCCACAACCUAAAAUUGCAAUCGAUUCACAUCAGAACCCUAAGAAUGAUUUGAAUUUGGGAGCUUUAGGUCGGAGUAAUGAGGUUUCAGCACAUCAAAGCAAAAAAAAGAAGCUGAAUUUGCGGAGCACUGAUGCCAAUAGCCUUUCACAGAAUACUCCUCCCGAUAAUCUUUUCCCUAUUGCAGUUAAUGAUGGAGAAAAUCAAUCCGAGGCGUCCCCUGAAAUUUCCAAGUCUGUGUCUGCCAAGCGCUUCAAGUUUUCACCAGGAAUGUUGAUAAAGCAGAGCCAGGAUGAUGGAGGCGAUGAGGUCACCUGGAAAAUUUCUCCUGUUAAUGAUCGGCUCCAUGCAGUGUCAAAGCACUUACCUGAGAUGGUCAGGGUGUUAGCAGACUCUUCGAGACUCAACUCUUUGAAUUUUCAUUGCUGCCAACAGAAUAAGAGUUCUCCCAGAUCACCCGGUAAGCUUGAGAAGUGGCUUUCUUCACCUCCACUGAAGCCCACGGAAAAAUCAUUGUUAAUCUCAAACAGGGUGAACUUGAAAAGGAUUAACAUUCAUCAUGAUGUAGAUUUCCAUCAAAGUCAAGGAAAUGCAAAUGAUAAGAAUAACUCUUGUCUAACUAAUAGCCAGAGUCCUUUUAAGACUCCACCAUCUCUGUCAUAUUGUCAUGAUAAGCCUGAUGAUAUUGUUGGUUCCAAUGGAGUAACAGAUCAGCUGGGUUCAAGGCAACACAAAAAGGCAUUGCUUGAACUUUUAGAUCAAGUGGAAGAUGUAAUUUCUGUUGAUGAAUCAGUAUGUAAGGGUACAGAGGCAUGCUUAUCUGAAGUUCAAGGUAGAAAUGGUGAUGAGAGAUCUGACAAAGCUAAUCCUUCUGUGAAGAGCUUGGUGAUUGAUCUGCCAGGAAAGGUCAAUAAGGAAACCUCCAAUCUUUAUUUUCUUGUAUUGGAGGUUUCGGAGAAGUGUGGAGCUAUUAAUUCAUCUGGUUCUCAAUUGCCUUUCAAGGUUCUGCGCUUAUUGAAUGAGCAAAGUGGAGAAGAGCGGGCAGUCCAUUUGUGGGAUGAGUGGUUUUAUAGUGUCAUUGCUCCUGGGGAUACAAUUCGUGUCAUUGGCGAAUUUGACAACCAAGGAAAGUGUGACGUGAAUCGUGACAAGAAUUAUCUAAUUAUUCAUCCCGAUGUUUUGAUGUCUGGAACUCGGGUUGCUGCUAGUUUCAGUUGCCCAAGGCGAACUGUACUAGAUGAGAGGCUAAAAUGCAGCGAGCAAUCAGUAGCAGCAUUGAUUGGUACCUUGCUGCAUCAAGUUUUUCAGGCUGGAUUAAUGAGGGAAGUUCUAACUAAGGAAUUCUUGGAGGAAUAUGCAAGAAUUGUGCUUCAGAAAAAUAUUGAGAGCUUGUACGCAUGUGGAGUGAAUGAAAUUGAUUUGCACAAAACUUUGAUCGAGGCAAUUCCAAAAAUAUUAAAUUGGAUACUCCUCUUCCGAGAUUCACAGGAUUCAAAAAUUCCUAGUGUUGAUUUUCGAUAUGAUGAUGGAAUGAAGAAGGUUAAACUAACUGAGGUAGUUGAUAUUGAAGAGAUGGCAUGGGCCCCAAAAUAUGGCCUGAAAGGGAUGAUUGAUGCUUCUGUUCAAGUUAAAGUCAUUUCGAGCACUAAUGAAGUUUGUCAGAAGAUAAUGCCUUUAGAAUUUAAAACUGGGAAAGGAACCAGUGGCCAGACAGCUAUGGAACACAGUGCACAAGUGAUGUUAUACACUCUCCUUAUGUCUGAGAGAUACCUGAAGACUAUUGAUCAUGGUCUGCUAUAUUAUCUCCACACAGAUCAGACACAGGGAAUUGUGGUUCAAAGAUCUGACUUGGUUGGGCUGAUCAUGCGUCGGAAUGAACUUGCAAAUGAUAUUCUUAAGGCAUCAACAUCUCAACAAUUGCCACCAAUGUUAAAAAGCCCAAACAUGUGCAAAGGUUGCCGCCACCUAAAUGUUUGUACCAUCUACCAUAAGGCACAUGGUGGAACUACAGAGGGUAGUGGAUUGGGUGACAUGUUUGAUUCACUUGUUCACCAUUUAACAAGUAGGCAUUGUGCUUUCCUUCGCCAAUGGGAGCGGUUAAUUGACUUAGAAGCUAAGGAAAUACAGAUCAGUAAGAAAGACAUCUGGUGUCCAUCUAGUGUGAGGAGUGAAAAGUCAACUAGUUCCCUAUCUUCUGUGGUUCUUGAUACUUCAGAAGAACUCAAACAGACAAAAAUUUUGAAGGCAAACAGAUUCAUUUAUCGCUUUGUGCGCCAAGAUUUACCUCCAAUUGAUGGUGAAGCACAUGAUGGAGAUUCUCUGAGUGCUGUCUCUUCUCCAACUGAUGACAUGAAUUGCAUGCUAAGAAGUGGAGACUAUGUGAUAUUGAGCACCGAACCUAGUCGUCUAACAGUUGCAAGUGGGAUCAUUAUGGAUAUCAGUCGCUCCCAAGUUACUGUUUCCUUUUCAAAGCGCUUAAGGCUUCCGGGGAGCAGCCCUUCUUCUGCAGCACAAGAUCUCCAUCAAGAAGUUUGGCGUAUUGACAAGGAUGAAUUUAUGGCCUCGUUUGCAAUCAUGAGGUUCAACCUUAUACAACUCUUUCUACAAAAUGAGCAUAGUUUUCAUCUAAGGAGGAUGAUUGUUGAUCUUGAGGCUCCUAGAUUUGACAGCGGAUGUAUAUUUAGUCAAGACCCUGCAAUUUCAUAUAUCUGGGCUGAGAAGAAUUUGAAUAAUGAUCAGCGCAGAGCCAUAAUCAGGAUACUUACAGCAAAGGAUUAUGCACUUAUUCUGGGAAUGCCUGGAACUGGCAAAACGUCCACUAUGGUUCAUGCAGUAAAGGCAUUGUUGAUGAGAGGUGCAUCUAUUUUGCUUACAUCCUACACAAAUUCAGCUGUUGAUAAUUUACUUAUCAAAUUGAAAGCUCAGGGCAUAGAUUUUGUACGCAUUGGAAGAAAUGAUGCUGUACAUGAGGAAGUUCGGGGGCAUUGCUUUUCAGCAAUGGACAUACAUAGUAUUGAAGACAUUAAGGUAAGACUAGACCAAAUCAAAGUUGUUGCAGUUACUUGUUUGGGGAUAACUAGUCCCUUGCUUGUCAACAAGAGAUUUGAUGUAUGCAUCAUGGAUGAAGCUGGCCAAACUACACUACCGGUAUCCCUGGGUCCCUUGAUGUAUGCUUCAAAGUUUGUCCUUGUUGGAGAUCAUUAUCAAUUACCACCCCUUGUCCAGAGCACAGAGUCGUUAGAGAAUGGAAUGGGUGUAAGCUUGUUUUGCAGGCUUUCAGAAGCUCAUCCCCAGGCAAUUUCGGCAUUACAAAACCAGUACCGUAUGUGUGCAAGCAUUAUGGACCUAUCAAACGCCUUGAUAUAUGGUAACAGAUUGCGCUGUGGUUCCUCUGAAGUAGAGAAUGCCAAACUUAAGUACACCAGUUCAAAAUAUAUAUCUUCUUGGCUAAAGGAGGUUUUGGAUCCAAACCGGCCUGUAAUAUUUAUUAAUACAGAUAUGUUGCCUGCUCUCGAGGCAAAAGAUGGAAAGACUCUGAAUAACCCAGUUGAAGCUAACAUUAUUGCUGAGAUCACCGAGGAAUUGGUUAACAAAGGAAUCGAAAUGGAAGAUAUCGGCAUCAUCACCCCCUAUAACUCUCAGGCAAAUCUCAUCCGCCAUGAUGUUUCCUCAUCUGUGGAGAUACAUACCAUUGACAAAUACCAGGGAAGGGAUAAGGACUGCAUCUUGGUCUCUUUCGUAAGAUCUAAUGACAGUCCAAGGAACUGCAUUUCUUCGCUGCUUGGAGACUGGCAUAGGAUUAAUGUGGCUCUGACACGUGCCAAGAAGAAGUUAAUCAUGGUGGGGUCGUGUAAGACGCUUUCAAAGGUUCCGCUGCUAAAACUUCUUAUCGGGAAGGUUGAGGAGCAGUUGGGCAUUUUGAGCGUGUCCAAGAAGGAUCUUGCGCAGAGAGAGCUAAAGAGAUGCUCUCAAGUCAAACGUACCUAAAAUUUUGACACAACCUUAAUCCUCUUGUAUUUAGAAUUAUGCGACUAUUUUUGUAAAAAAAGUUUAUUAACACGUAAAUGUAGUGUUGAUUUUUUCAUUGGAUAAGUCUCAUAAAAUGUUAUUUUCAACCAAUUGGAUGGCA